AUGAGGAGAAGGAAGGGGUCUGGCUCUUUGGGUGUCCUCAAACGUGUAACCUCAGUGUUUGUCUCAUUUGAGAUCCCUGCGGCGAAGUUGAACGAGCUGCUCGAGAAUUUUUAUGUCACCGUUAAGAAGAGUGAUGGCUCCGACUUCCUGGCCACCUCGCUGCACGCCAUUCGCCGAGGCCUGGACCGCAUCCUGAAGAAUGCAGGCGUGGGCUUUUCCAUCACCAGCAGCACCUUCAGUUCUUCCACCAAGAAACUCAAGGAGAAGCUGUGGGUGCUGAGCAAGGCAGGGAUGUCAGGGGCCCGUGCUCGCAAUAUCGUCUACUUCUCUCUUUCCGACGAGGAGGAGAUGUGGCAGGCAGGGUGUUUGGGUGAUGACAGCCCUGUCACUCUCCUGUCCACCGUGGUCAAGUACAACAGCCAGUAUCUGAAUAUGCGGACCCUGCAGGAGCAUGCAGAUCUGAUGUAUGGUGACAUUGAGCUGCUCAAAGACCCACAGAACCAGCCCUAUUUUGCCCGGACAGACAGUGUCAAGCGGGAGAGCCGCAGUGGUGCCACGAGAGUGUGCCACGGGAAGAUCUACCAUGAGCACUCCAGGGGACACAAACAGUGCCCUUACUGCCUCCUAUACAAAUACAUGUACACCCACCGGCCGCCCACCCAAAUGGAGGCCAAGUCCCCGUUCUACCUCACGGCCCGAAAGGAGGCCACAGACACGGGCAGCGUGUGGUAUGAGGAGCAGAGGAUGGGCCUGCGGUCUCUUCGGGGGGUUGUCCCCAACUUAGCCAAGAAGGUCAAGCUGGAAAACUGUGAGAACUUCACCUUUGUCUCGUUCACUCAGGUCUCCAGGAGGCUUGGCUCCCACAGUUGCUGUCAGUGAGUCUUCCCCGACAAGCAAGGGCCAGAGCUCUGGGGUGGCAGGGAAUGACAGCAACUUCCAGGUCAGGCUGGUCUUGGUCAGGGGGACCUGCUAUUUCUUUGACUUCGGGUGUGUUUUUUGAACUGAAAGUAGAGGAGUCUGAAUAAUUGGGGUAUUUUAUCCAAAUGUGUGUCACCUUUGUUAAAUUAUAGAAUCUAACACCACGUAUAAUUGUUCCACAAACAAGAGUGAGGAAGUUCAUUUUAUCUAGUGCCUUUUUAGCACAGAUUUUCUUAAAAAAAAAAAAGAAAGAAAGAAAGAAAAAGGGAGACUGUUUAAGUAGUCAUU